GAGAUAAGUACGUGGUUAUACUAUCAUACUUCCGGUUCACGUCAAUUUCUAAAACAAAACUACAGAAACGCUUUAAAACGAAAGCUUUUCAUUCAACUACGACUCCGAUAGACUUUAUCAUUGAAACGUGACGUUAGGUCGAGCAGCCAAGUCGCAUGACGAGGCCGUGGUUCGAGUCCGCACCUAAUAAAAUCGCGUGUCUGCAAAAAAAUAAAAUAAAAAAAAUGGAGGCUGGCAGUUUCGUGUGUCACAGAGAGGAUGUUUCGGCGCUGCUGCGCCAACAGAAACAAUCCAACAAGCAUCAAGAACUGAGCGGUUUGUUCUCCUCCGUGAGAAAAGUGAGGGGCGAUGGAAACUGUUUCUACAGAGCCUUUUGUUUCGCCUUUAUGGAAUCCAUCCUGCACAAUGUCAAGGCUCUGCAAAGAUUUAAGGAGAGCAUCAUUAAGAGCAGUGCACAUCUCUCUUCUGCAGGAUUUGACCGCAGUGCCUUCCAGCUUCACUUAAACACAGUUGUUAAUGUCAUUGAGCGCUGCGAAGGUGGCGAACGGGAGGAGAUGCUGUUCAGGCUCUUCAAUGAUCACGUGACCUCAGACAGCGUGGUGCAGUACCUGCGUCUACUCACCUCUGCAUACCUGCAGAACAAUGCCGACGACUUCUGCAACUUUGUGGAGGCACCCAGCCUGCAGGCGUACUGUCAUCAAGAUGUGGAAGCCAUGGGGAUGGAGUGCGACCAUGUGGACAUCUUGGCUCUCACUCAAGCGCUGGGAAUUUGCAUCCACGUGGUCUCAAUGGAGGGCGAUGAGGAGCAGUUGGUGCACCACAUCAUCCCUGAUGGUGCUGAGGCCUCUAUACACCUCCUCCACCACAUAUCACACUUUAGCAUUCUUUACCCAUGACCCCCACCCUGACAACACUCAACUCAGCACAGACACAAAUGUGAUUAAACAAUUCUUACCAACUGUUUUAAGACAUUGUGUGAAUGUAUGGGGGCAAAUGUGUUGGUGGCAAGAUUGGAGGCAAUGAGGUGAUGCAUUAGAACGGGACAGGACCAGUCCAGUGUGUACCCCGCCUGUCGCCCGAAGUCAGCUGGGAUAGGCUCCAGCAUGCCCCCGCCACCCUACUUAGAAGUGCCAUAGAAAAUGGAUGGAUGGAUGGAUGGCACAACCGUUCUAAACACUAGCAUCGCUAUAUUGUAAACAGUCACACUUUAACAUGUGACGAUAGCCUAUUUGCUGAUGAAAAAACCAAACGAUCAAACUUACAGCGUCUACAUCUGUAACUAACGUACACUUCUCCAGCCUUUAAGAUGUGUAGCAUGUCUUUUUUUUUUUUAACCAAAGCUGUCCUCAGUGAAGUGGUGGCCGUAUAUGCGGGGUAGGCCCAUUUAGCAGUAUAUCCAUGAGGAAGUUUUUCCUUCAUGACAUCAUGAAAACAACUUCAAAUGCGAAUGAGCAACUCUUAAAAGUGGAGCAAAUAGGCUCUAGGGACACGUUGUUAUAGCAUCACUGAAAAGUGGACCGUGUGAUAUUUGUCUUUGGCCUUUCAACUCAGUGACUGUACAAUAACAAGUUCUAGUUAAAAUAUUUUAAUUAAAACAAACAUGCAGUGAAACUUGAUUCCGAAACUGUCCAAUUUUGACUAAACCAAUUUCAAUAUUUCCAUAAAAAUGUUCACUGCCUUUCUUUUUUCUGCUUUCCUUUUUUGCGCUGUGAUGCACCGGUAUUUUUUUUCUUCUGCACUGCCGAAACUCUCGUGAUGGCGCUUUCCUCCCCCACGAGAGGCAAGUUAGCCAGGCACAGGCGUCCCAUCUGAGUGGGGUACUUGGUCUUUGUGGCACCCUUGAACACGGGCUGGGAGAUGAGAUGCUUGAGGUGUAUUUUCAUGCCUUUCACCAUCUUCUGUUGCUCCCUGUCGUCAUCCUCGUCCCUCCCAUGACCUGUACACAGAAAGUCAAGUUGGCUGCAUUUGGUUGCUUCAUGGAUUCAAUGUGUGUGUUAAGGGUCUUACCAAGUAAGAGGUCUUCAUCAAGAGUGAUGUCCAUGGCCUCUGCUGCUUGUCUGAACCAGGAGUUGUGGUGCUUUUGCCUGUUGUUGUAGAACUCAAUCUUUUCUAUCUUUCUGGCCAAGUUUACACGGUCCUGUUGAGAGAUUCACACAAACAUUAAAUAUAUGCCUAAAUGACAAAUACCGAUUAUUAAGUGACGGAACUUGCCUUGAUAGCCUCCAUGCAGCGGCUGUCUACGGGAAACACAGGAAGCUCCUUAUCCUUUCUAAGGUUCUUGUAAAUUUUUUUAAAGUUCAUCAUGUCAUCUGGACCGAUGAGGAGUAAACUGAGACCCUCCUUCGUAGCUCUUGCUGUUCUGCCGCUGCGAUGGACAUAUGUCUCAGAUGUGCGGGGAACCUGGAGGUGGCAUCAGGUACAGUAGCAACAUUUACAGCAUUCUGUGUGUUGAUAUUGCAGCUGUUUGAUGGUGAAAACUUCAUAACCACAAGCCUUCUGAGAAAGCUCUUAAACUACAAAAACAAAAAUCCACCGUUGUCCAGCUCUAGCCAUUCUCAAAUGAACGUCAUUUGGCAACAAUCAAAGACCCUCUCUGAACGGAGAAUGGCAAGAAGGCUCAC